GUGAUGAUCCACAGUGAGCCGUGGAAGCAUGCAGUCAACACGGAUGCCAGAUGUCCCGUAGUCAACAGGGGUCUGUACUGGGUGGGCUACGACAAUGCCUGGAGCAUCAGACAGAAGGUUCGAUAUGCGCUCGAUCGUGGUUUGGCCGGCAUAGCCAUCAAGAACAUGGAGAUGGAUGACUGGAACAAAGUCUGCAAACAAAGGAUGGUGCUCAUGAAGACGGUGGCCCGGCAGAUGCAGCACUGUCGAGUCACGCUAAAACGCAAACAGUGACCACCUAACCACUGCCUGCCAUCUAAGAGGAGGGACACUAUCGGAGAGCCAAAUUAGUUCAUUCCUUGCCAAUAUUAUUAACGCGAAAGAUAACAAUCACGACACUAUUAGUUUCUUUACGCGCGAUC